AGACUCUUACGAUAUACCCGCGACAGUUGGAUUUUCAAGCGGACACGUUAUAAUUGUAAUAAUAAAAACAUCGUUAUCGCGAAUCAUUUGCAUAUAUUACCCAAGUCAUGGAUGGAACUGGUAAUACUGAUGACACUAUAAAAGAGGCAUCACAAUGUUUCGUUUGCGACGCCGAAAUUCAGGGCCGCUUUUAUGCCUUGGCUACAUGCAGGACACAACAUUCAAACAGCAGAGUAAUCGAGAAACUUGGGGAAUUGGUUGGCGAGAGAUACAUGGUUGUGAUAUCCGAGGACGAUGUAAUUUGUCGAAGUUGCGCCAUUCGUAUUAAUCAUCUUGAUAGGCUGGAGAUGGAAAUGCGUAAUAUUCGCGAUCAUGUCUUACGAUUUUUAGAAAAGAAAUAUUCUCUGGAAGAUGGGGAGCUCCGAGGUGGUGGCGACAAGCCAAAAUCGUGUCAGCCACCACAGAUCACAAAAUCUAGUACAAAAGAUAUGGUCAAUUAUUGCAGUAAACAGAACAAGGUUGACCUAGAAACAGAAGAGAGAAAGAAUAGUAUAUAUUCGGAAGAUACUAUGAUACAGAAAAACUCUCACUCAUGGUUGCAAUGUGACAAGUGUAAAUAUACCACACAUCUCAAUUCUUUCAUAAUGUCUCAUCUGAGAGAUCACACUAAGCAAAGAGAAUUUUGUGAUAAAUGUGGAUUAUAUAUUUCUGAGAAUCAAAGAGAAAAUAUAAGACAUAGUUGUACCAAAACAAAUAAAUCAGGAAACAAAGAAAAUGAGAAAGAUAAUUCUGAUAAGAAUAAUUCAAUGAAGACAUUUCUUUUGGAAAAUACAUUACCAACUUUGCCACUUAUCCAAACUACACAACCACCAUUGAUAGAUUUAUCAAGUUCUGAUCCUUUAUAUAUUUCCAGUAUACUACCAGGCAAUAAUUCAUCUGAGCAGUCAAUGUCUAUUUCGCAAUCAGUAAAUAUUGACAUUUCAAGGAAUAUGAAAAGAAGUUUAGAAUCAAAUCCUGUGCAAGAAAUAGAAAUGAAAAGCAAAAAACAGGUAUUGACUUUAACUGAUGAUGGAUCUAUGGAACUAUCAUAUGGAAGUAUCAUGUUGGAAGGAGACAUAAAUUAAAAAUAAUAAAAUAUAUAAAUUAAA